UCGAGCAUGUGAUCAAUGAUCAGAACAUGUUGGACACGUUCAUUAUGAUUGAAGGGUACUGCCAUGUAUUGAUGGAAAGGGUUGUGCUCAUCGAAAACCAAAAAGACUGCCCCGACGAGCUCAAGGAAGCUAUAGCAAGUCUAAUAUUCGCAGGAUCCAGGUGUGGAGAGUUACCAGAGCUGCAAGAGAUCCGUUACAUUUUUAUCACAAGGUUUGGAAAGGAAUUCGUAGAAGCUGCAGUUGAAUUACGUAACAGUUGUGGUGUGAAUCCCAAGAUGAUCCAGAAGAUGUCGACUAGGCAGCCGAGUUUGGAAGUGAGAUUGAAGAUGAUGAAGGGAAUAGCUUACGAGAAUGGAAUUGCACCGGAUUUAGAGGAAUCUUCUUUUGGGAUAACUGAGGAGGAAUCGAACUUGAGUCAGAGCCAGCCUAGGUGUAAUCGAUCAGACGUUAGUGAAAAUGCAGAGAAUUCGGUUAAAGGGAGGGCUGAAGAUGACCCUCAUGGUUUGAGAGAAUUGGAUCAGGAUGAACAAUUCUCUGGAUCAAUGAAAGAAAGGAAGUACGCAGAUGUUGCCAGUGCAGCUCAGGCCGCUUUCGAAUCAGCGGCUUAUGCAGCAGCAGCAGCCAGAGCUGCUGUAGAACUUUCAAGAUCUGAAUCACAGGAGAAAGGUUUGGAUGAUCAGAGUAGUUCUGGCCCUAGAAGGAGAAAAAAAUACAAUGGAGACCAAGAUGGUGGGUCUUCAAGAUCUAGAUCUGGGUUUGGAGAAACUCCAACUGGGAUUUCAGUAAAGGAGAAGGAUGAACUAUUUUCUGAUGGAUCAGGUUCUGAGAAGAUCCAUGCACUUCAAAGUUCUAGUUCUGAAUCAGAAAACCAAGAACCGUCAGUGAAGCAUGGAGAUGUUCUCCUUGAAGAAUUCAAAGGUAAUUCCAACGCAGAACUGGAAAGAUCCACAUCUGUCUUAAGCUUGGAUUCAAGUCAGGUUACUUUGAAGGAGAUGAAGAUGAUGUCGAAUGAAAUGAGCUGGACCAAGCCGUUGGAGAAGGCAAUGUCCUUUUAUGAGAGUGAUGAAGAGAAUCAGACAGACUGGGGGAGGAUCUCAUUCAAGAACAAUGGUUUGGAUUUUGAUGGGGAAACUACGUUGCUCAAGGAAGCAAAUAAAUCAUCCCCAACAAGCAGCAACGGCCAAAUUAUAGAAGAUCUGGCUAUCAAUCAAUUCAGAAAAUACAGACAGUUUGAUGCAGUCUCAGAUGAGUAUGAAGGCACCAACCUUUAUUACCCAUACCAAAACCGAAACUCAAUAACAUCUCAUGCUGAUGGUAUCAAUUCAUUGCAACGGCUUGAUAAGGUGGGGCUGGGAUUUGAAAAUGGAGACAACCCUGCAGCUUAUUACAUGGAAGGAAGAUCUCAACCGGAAACUGAAUAAAGGAAUUCUACAGAUAGUGUGCAGCACUCAAGCACAGAGAAAAGGCCGGUUUCUGUGGGGACCGGACAAGGCUUUAAACAGUGA